ACUCAGACUUCGCUUCUUGCCGGGAGGAAUACUACAGCAGUCGUGUUAAGUAGUAAGGAACUCUAUAAUAGACCAUAAAACAAUCGAAGUUGAACCAUUUAAGGAAGGAAAUCGCAUAGGUUUACUCUAAACCCGCGAUGGCAGAGUCGUAAGUAAAUCUUUAUCACGAUUUGAAGUCUUAGAGAGCGACGCAAGGAACUAAUCGCGGCUUUAUGAUCUUUUCAGGGUGAAGGUGGCCGUUCGCGUUCGGCCUUUCAACUCGAGGUAAGUAAAUCGUCUAGCCUCAGUUUCGUUUCUCUGUUUCAAACACUGAUCUUCGGUUAUUUCCUGCAGAGAGAAAGAUCGAGGGGCAAAAGUUAUACUCGAAAUGAUAGGAGCGCUGACACAAAUUACAGAUCCUGAUAAUCCAGGUAGGGGUUUCCAUCUUCGUGCUCUUGGAAUGUUUACUUUUACUACCGUAGUGCAAACUUUUCGCAAUGGAUUUUCCAAAGGGGGUUUAAGUUCUUGAACCAACUGAUUUAUUUCUUGCUAUUUUUUUUACUUAUUCACACAGGAAACCCGCCAAAGGAGGUGAGAAACUGAAUUUCGCUCUAAUGUUGUUGUUCGCGCUGUCAUUAGCUAACUACCGGUGCUAUGGCCAAAGCGCUGUUUAGUUAGGCUUGCCUUGCGCAAUUCUUGUUCUGACGAAACUUUUUCCUUUUAUUUUCAUGAUAAAUCUUCUUACAGUUCACGUUUGACUUCUCGUACUGGUGAGUGUACUUUUUACUUGUUGUCAUGGCGUUUACCUUUUGGAGUACUCUGUUAGGUUUUAAUACACAAGCUAGCUUAUAUUGCUUCAUCUACUGAAGUUUUUAGAUGUAUGCGUAAUCCAAACAAACUCCUAUAUUCGAUUAAAAGGACUAGCUGAUCAUCUGAAAAAAGAUAAGAGCCAUUUUCGCUCAUUUCAGGUCUCACGAUGGUUUUCACGAGGACGAAAACGGCUAUCUUGUCGCAGAUAAUGAGAAGUACGCGACACAGCGAAAAGUUUUCGAUGACUUAGGACAGGGUGUCUUAAAUAACGCUUUUGCAGGUAAGCUAACCGUAUCUUUUCUUUUCUCAUGUUUAUUAUUUAAAGGAAAUUUUCAUGUUUGGACCACACUGUCCACUGGGAAUUAAUAAUGAAUUUUGACCUUAUAAAACUUUUUAAUGGCAGGGUGCUGCAUGCCGUCUCGAGUCAAUUAAAAACUUGCAUGAGUGAAAUUAAUUCAAAAGCUUCCGUUUCCACGUAAACAUUACUUUCAGUUGAUCCCCUUCCAAUAUUGCCCUUCAUUGAUGUAUAAAUUUCAAAUGCAUUGUUUCGCUGGAAGGCGGCAAAGAGGGUUUAGUUCCAUGCUUUCAUCUAAGUGUCUGUUCAUUUAGUCGGAGAAGUUUUCAGAAUAAACUCUUGUUCGUUAAAAAUAAAUUAGCCUUAACAUAACAUCUUCACCUACUGAACAAGAUAUUUAAUUCAAAUUCGGAAUAAUUGUUGCUAAAUGGUUAGAAUUUAGCGACUGAUGCUUUAUCUUUUAUCAUGGUGUGUCAAUUCUAAACGAACUUAGUGAUUUUAAUCAAUUAUAUAAUUUGAUUUUACAUGCCAUUAAAAGUUAAUUAAAGGCAAAUAACAAUCAUCAGACAGUCUGGUUGUCUAGAAUCUGAAGUGUCUGGUUAUAUUUUGAUCAUCCCAGUAAAUUUGGUUGCUAAAAGUUUUUUUAUGAAAUCCAAUCUUAGACUGUCAUUUUUUCCUGAAUCAAGAUAAUCAAAAAUUUUAAUUUGAUUAAUUUAACAUGCCUCUUGUUCACUGACAGGUUUCAACUGCUCACUGUUUGCCUAUGGACAGACAGGUGCUGGAAAGUCAUAUUCCAUGGUGGGAUAUGGAAACAAUAAGUAAGUAUUCAGGCUCAGUUUUAUUCCAAACACUGCAUAAUGCACCCACCAAUUCCAGUUUCAUAUACACAACUAAUGUUCCAGUAACAUUGAUUUCUGGUGUGAAGAAUAAUUUCUCACCAAUACCACACUUAAAGACCCAAACUGAAGUGUUUGUGUCCAAGCUUAACUUUUUUGUCUAAAAAUUUGGGUUUAAAAUAAAGCUUGUUACCAGUCCUUUAAUGCCUCAAUCACUUAGGUCAUAACAACCUAAUCAACAUCCAUACAAUUAGCAGAUACAUUCCAUGCUGUGCAUCAUAGCAAUUAAAUUAUAGAUGAUCUCUAAAUGUGACUAGAAAGAGAAAGUGGCACAUCAAGAGCAGCUCUUCAGAAUUCCUGUUUUCUUAAGAGAAUAACAAAGCUUCUUUCUUUCUUUCAUAAGCAUUUUUCAAGCAACCCAGAAUUAUGGUUUUGAAGGGGUAUAAUUUGAUUACAGGACUUGAGACAACUGGUGAUGAUAUUGUAAGAGUAACUGAGAGUUAAUUUUGUUUGUUCACUUUACAGAGGUAUUGUUCCCAUUACAUGUGAUGAGUUGUUUCAAGCAAUGGCUAAGGGAGCUGAAGGAGUUGUAAGUUCAAGUUCUAGAGUACUUGAUUAACCCUUUAACUCCCAGAUCAAAUUUGUAAUUCUUCUCACCAUCAACCAUACAAUUCUUAUAAUGUUAGUUCAGCGAAUUUAGUAUUGAAUCAACUAAUUAUCACCAAAUUGAUAUUUUUCUUUAUUCUCAUCUCUUAUCUAGUUGAUAUUAUAUUGAUAUUGUGAGGAGAAAUUCUGCCUUGGUCACUCAUGGGAGUUAAAGAGUUAAGGUCUUUAAUUGAUGCUAAAAACUUUUCUCAAGGAAGUAAAAAUGUAGUAACUUGUUAUUGGUGGCCCAGAGAUAACAUUCUAAAAUGCCAUGAAUUUUGAAUUAUGAAAGCUACUAAGCAUUCAUGGAACAAAGAGUUUAUUGUCUCACUUUGUUGUUGUUUUCUUUUCAUAGAAAUAUCAAGUUUCAUUUAGCAUGUUAGAGAUUUACAAUGAACAAGUGCGAGAUCUUCUGGUCAAGAACAAUCCCAAGGGUGGUUUGCAGGUUAGUUGGGACCUAAAAUCACUAAUUAUAAGUACUCUUGGAUUAGCAAUUUUCAUCAGUGUUGAAAAUGUGGGCCCAGUUGUUCAAAGCUGGGUUAAAAUAAUCCAGGGUUAGUGUGAAAUUGGAGUUCAGAUCUGAAAGCUGAUUUUACAUGACCCCUGGCUUAACUCAUUACACUCAAAGAUCAGUAUGCAUAUUCUCUAUACUGUUCUCCAUACAUCUCCUGGGGAGUUGUUAACAAGAGUUUGGUUAACAAUCAAAAUGUUCCUUCUAGAGUAAUAAUUUCCUUUAAUUUUGUGACCUUAAAGUGUGAUUCAGGGGUGAUAUUGGGAGAAGAAACUGGAUGCUAGUCACUCUUAGGGAUCAGGGGUUAAGGAAGAUUACUUAAUGUGAUGUGAAUGUACUGCAGUACUCAACAACACUUACAAGUGCUCCAACAAAUUAUUGAUCUUUUCUGUUGUGUGCAAAUCAUGGAGCACAUAAACUUUUUUGAUGACCUUAAACCUAGUAAGCUUUUUACCAACUGAUUUUGUUUAUCAAAGGUUCGUCAAAACCCUAAAGAAGGAAACUUCUUUGUUCAAAAUCUUAAGAGAGUGGCUGUUGUGGAUUAUGCAGAUAUUGAACGCAGAAUUGAAGAAGGUAAAUUUGAAGUACAAAAUAUAGUUUAAAAAAGUCAGAAAAAUAGUUAGUAAGCUCUUUUACUGGAUGCUACAUCAUUUGUUCUUCUAAGGGGGUUCAAGUUAAUCUGUCAUCAUUUUAAGAUAAGAAAAGUCCCUUUAAGUGAUAAGUAUGUCUAUUCUGUUCACUUGCUUGCUGGAUAAUGCAUUGAAAUGAUAAGGGUUAGUUAAAUUUUUAUCAUCUCAUGGAGUCAGAAUGUAAUCUGAAGUAUAUAGCCUAAGGCAAUAAUAGAUUAUGCUGUCUUGUUUUGCAAAACAGAUUUCUUUUGUGUGGUGGGAUUAGAUUGAAAAGAUUGUUGACACAUGUAAUGUUGUUGUAAUGGCUUUUUAAAUAAAAAUAAUUAUUUGCGCAAGCCCUAAAAUAUUUGUAUUGGAUGGGAAUUUUUUACUCAGAAAAUAUGGUACAGGAAAAAUGGCUUCAGUUGUGGUCAUAUUCCCCUCUAAUAUUUGUCCACUAUUAUUCCAACAUUUGCCUUGUGUCUUGUGGAACUUGUAAAGGAGAUUCUUUCAAGUGUAACCAUUUAUUUAUUAACUAGAGCCUGGUUUUCAAUCACAAGCGCAAGUACAAACACAAGCACUACAACUUGUAUUAAUUUUAUUGAAAGGGCCUCAACACAAGCAUAAACACAAGCGCAAGUGUGAGCACAAGGAUCAAAAUUUUUCCCUUUUCUUGUGCUUGUGCUUGUUGACAUUCGUUUUCAGUUGGCAUAAUUACCUUAUGCAGGCAUUUGUUCUUGCACUUGUGCUUGCAUCUCUGGUGAAAACCAGGCUUAAGGGAUUGACAAGUUGUUUCCUUUGAAUUUGAGGUACUGCUAAUCGCACAGUAGCAGCAACACAGAUGAAUGCCACAAGUUCCCGUGCUCACACAGUGGUAACCAUCAUAUUUGAUCAGAUCAGCAAGAAUGAGUCAGGACAGGAAACAAAGAAGAGUAGUAACAUAAACUUGGUUGAUUUGGCAGGUUGGUGUUGUUUUUUUGUGGCUUAGAUCUUACAGGCAUAUACAGUGGUCCAUUUUAGUAUUAAGGGAUCAGAGGUAUAGCUAGUCAGGUUCUCAACGAUCAAGUCAGUUAGUAGACCACUAGCUGUAGGAAGUAGACAGCUGAUUAUUCAAGAGCUCCUUCCUGGGGUGUAGGGGCAUGCUCACUCCCAUGAUUUUAUUUUUUAAAAGUACAAAUUAUAUGCUCUGAAAUGUGGUUUUUUUGUAUUCCUUUGGAGGGAUAUGCAAAGCAAUAAGGCCAUUGGUAGGCUAGGUAAACAGGCAAAAGGUAGCGAUUGGAAGUGUGCUCAGCCAGCGAGAAAAUGUAAAAGCAUAUGUUUUUGUGUUAUGCAAAAGAGAACUUUCAAAAAUGUUACUUGAGGCAGCCAGUUUUUUAGCUUGGGGCUGACCUUUAAUGAGAACCCUGGCUAAUCUCACUGAGAAUGGGAUGCCAAUCUGAUCACAAGUUACUCCAUGCAUAGCAUGUUUGUCAGGUUUCCCUGGAAAUCUCCCAGGUGCUUAUGUUUAACCUUUGGUGGAGAGAUGAAGUGCAUGUGAUACUUAUCUUAAUGGAGAACACAACAAAACUUUUGACUCUGAAGGAGCUCAAAUCUGCAUCAUUCAAUCCAUAGUCCAACACACAAACUAUAUGGCAACCACAUCCUCCAUGGAUUUCUAAAAGCUAUCAUGAUCAGUAAUAUAUUAAGACUACAUUUCAUAGACCUGAGCUUUGAGUCCUAAUUGAACCUGGGGUGUUGCCCACUUUACUUCAUAAACUUGGUCAAUUCGAACAAAUAUUUUCCCUCACAGGCAACUUCCUGGCAGUUGUGUUCUUGAUAUCCUAACCUACCCAUCACCAACAUGAUUUUUCUUUUUGUUUCAGUUAAGGAAUAACCCUUGCCUAGAAGAGUAACCUUGUAACAUUAAGUUAGACUGUAGUCUUAAAAUGUACCAAAUGAGCUUCACUGUUCAUCAGUUAAUGACUUUUUUGUUUUCCAUGCAUUAACCAGGUAGUGAAAGGGCUGAUAGCACAGGUGCAACUGGUGACAGACUCAAAGAAGGAGCCAACAUCAACAAAUCCCUUUCAGCCCUGGGUAAUGUGAUCUCAGCCUUGGCUGACUUGUCCAUGGGUAAAAAGAAAGUGUUGGUGCCAUAUCGAGACUCUGUUCUGACCAAACUGCUUCAGAAUGCUCUGGGUGGCAACAGUAAAACCAUCAUGAUUGCUGCUUUGUCUCCAGCUGAUAUCAACUAUGAUGAAACACUGAGUACUUUGAGGUAUGUUCUCCAAACCCUAUAUUAAGAAUUUUAUGAUAUAGUUGGAAAAGUUGGAUACAGACAGAUGAACAAACUAACCAAAGACUGAAUAGAAGAAACAUGGAUGAACAGACCAAUAUCUAAAAGUUCAGAUGACAGAAGAGAGUUGAUGGGCAAAAUCCAGACUUGGAAAAACCAAAGAAUUAUUACAUCUAUCAUUACAUUUCUUUUCAAACAAUUUGAUUAAACACAAGUAUGUCUAAAUAGCUAUCUUUCAAUAACAACCUCAAAUACAUUUUAUCUUACAGAUAUGCAGAUCGUGCCAAAAAGAUCAAGAACAAAGCAGUGGUUAAUGAAAAUCCAAUGGACAAGCUCAUCCGGGAAUUGCGGGAAGAAAAUGAAAAGCUUAAGAAGAUGUUUGAAGGUGGAGGACUGCCUGAUCUUGGUGCUGGAGCUGCAGUGAUGAGUAUGUGCUGUGACCUCUUAAAGAAAAUGGCAAUAUUGUAACAUUUUAUUUUACUUAUUGCACAUUUUUCAUGCACGACAUUUAGUAGAGAAUGAUCCAAAACAGAAACGUCCUCGAUGGAAUGAUCAUUACAUCAAAUUAUUUUGGAAACAAUCUCUUAUUCUUUUCAUCUGGUCAUUGGGGAUGCCUAAUUUUUCCUGAAAAGAUCAGUUGAGGUCAUCAUGGAUUUUAAUGGUUUGAAGGAGGUCAAAACUUGUAAAUUUGAAGUAUGUGACCCUUCUAAGUUUUAGUAUCACCCCUAAAUCACAUGUGAAGGUCAUGAGAUUAAGCAAAAGGAUCACCAAUUGAAGAAGCUCUUGAUUUUCUGUAACAAAUUCUCCUUAUCAGCAACUUAAGAAAUGUAUGGAGAACAGUAUAGAGAAUAUGCAUAUAGGUGUUAAGAGUAAAGGGUUAAUAAUGAUAAACAUUUAUCAUUGGUGUUCUUCAGCUGAAGCUGAGAAAGAGGAAAUGCGGCGGAAGAUGAAAGAAGAACUCCUUGCACAGAUGGAAUUUAACCAACAGAACAUGAUGAGCUGGGAUGAAAAGGUAAAAUCUGGUUUACAUGUGAACAUGUGUUCUCCAUGCUUGCCUUAACCCUUUUACUCUCAUAAGUGACCAGGACAGAAUUUCUCCUGAUAAUAUCAAUACAAUAUCAAGCAGACAAGUGAUGAGAAUAAAGAAAAAUAUCAAAAGAAUGAGGGGAUUAUAAGUUGAUCCAAUGGCAAAUUCUCCAUACUUACAUCACAAGAACUGUAUGGUAGACAGUAAGGAGAAUAACUAGGGAGAUCUUGGGAGUUAAAGGGUUAAUUCUUGAAUUCCUCAAGUCCAUUUAGCCUAGCUGUUAAUUUUCAAGAUUGAGGUGUCAAUCUUCCCAUCUUCUGCCACAUUCCUCUCUCUCUCUUUCCUGUUCUCUCUUGCUUCCCCUCCUUAUUCAUCUCUUGAACCUGUCACAAGUCCCACAAGGUCUCCUUCUCUUGAAUGGUGCAAAUUUUUAAAACACCCACAAUUUUUGAUGACUUUGGGACUCAGAUAGGUGUCCAGUGGGCCAAAUUCCACAGUUUUAACCACUCAAACUUGUUUGCAUUUGUGUCUUAACAGGUCCAGAUGUCUCAAAGUGAUUCAUCAGCAGGAGAACAAAGUGAAAAACAGAAGAAGACAAAGAGUGUGCCACAUUUGAUUAACUUAAAUGAGGACCCCAUGUUGUCUAGAGUCAUCUUUCAUUUUCUGGAACAGGGUAAGUGUUGUGUGCAUUCCACAGUCAAACCUUUACCUGUUUUAAGCAAUCUGUUGUCAGAGUCCCCAAUUUUUUUCCCUAAAUACUGUUAUUUUCACCUCUAUUAAGCAGUCACCUCUAUUAAGUGGUUGUGGUCACCCUUGACUGAGUCCCAAUGGUCUGUUUGUAUUAUCUUCCUCCUGUAUUGAAUGGUCACCUUAAGUGGAACCCCUCAGUGACUGUGGCUUUCAGCACAUUGACCAAGCUUUAAAACCUAGACCUUGUUGGUCCUUUUCUUCUGAGCCAUUUACCUUAAACACCUUCAUAUUUAAAUAUUUAAAGCUAUGUAACUUAUAUUUUGUUGGCAAGACUGGAGACUUCUGGUUCAAACCCCACCCCAGCCGGUCAAAAUUCUAAUUCCUCACACCUCUCUUCUCUCUCUCUCUCUUCCCCCCCCUCAACAUGGAUGAACAUCCAGGGGUUGCUGGAAGGGGGAAUUGAAGCUUUGAAACUGACAGGUGUAUUAUCAGGUAGAAGUUGUUAUCUUGAUCUAACACCAAAUUCUCAUAACUAAUUUACAAGGAAAUGUGUUGCAGCUAGAGUGGAGAAUUAACAACCAGAUCUUGGCAGUUAACAGAUUAAAGUGAAAAAUGUAAUUCAUUUUUGUUUUUAUUUUUUAUUUUUUUGUAGCGGAAACUAGGAUAGGAAGGAAAGAUGCUGAUCCUGUACCAAAUGUCCCUCUUUCUGGCCUGAGGUAAUUUUUUAGAUGCUUAGCCUUUCACACACUAACAUCAGUAUUUACAAGGGUACUGACAAGAGUUUCUUAAGUUGGUGAUCAUUUUCUUUAUUCUCAUGACCUUAAUGUGUGAUUAAGGGGUGAUAAUGUAAGGAGAAAUUGUAUGCUUGUCACUAUUAUGGGUCAAAGAGUUAAGUCCACAAUGUAGCCUGCAAGCAAGCCCUCAUUGUAAGUGCUGCAGGACAUGUGAUUUUUGCCCACAAGAAGAUUUAAGACAAGUUAGGGAGAGGUUUUCCAGGCUCUGGCACCCUCAUUAUCAGUGCCAGAGCCUCUGCAGACCUUUGAGCAGCUAGUAUUGCCUAAGGCCUUAUUCUCCCCUGCAGGCAAAGAAACACUCAUGUUCAAAAGCUUUACAUUGUUAAAUUGAAACUUAGAAAUUUUUAUGUAUAUCUUUAAACUAGCUUUGUAGGGGGUGUUGAAUUCUCUAAAAAGUAUAGAAAUAUGAAAGCUGGUUUUCAGAUUGGUAAAUAGUUGUGAUCACAGAUGAAAUCUAAAUGGUGUGAAAAAAGCACGGGAAUUCUUUUUCCUUAUUCAAUCAGUGCAUUAUUGCUGAAUGCACUGAAAUGAUUACAAAGUUGCAAGGGCAAACCGAACUUCAAUUGAUGAUUGGCUUUGUCUUUUGAGUCACAGUUUUCAUUGUGUGAGGCCCCUUUUGCCCUUUCUUUGACCCUUUGACCCCUAAGAGUGACUAGCAUUUAAAUUCUCCUCACAAUAUCAGCCCUAAAUCAAACAUGAAGGUUAUGCGAAUAGAGGAGGUGAUCACUCACUAAAGCAGCUCUUCAUUGUAAAACAAAUUCUCUUUGUCAGCAGCUUUGGUAAUGUAUAGUGAAUAGUAUGGAGAAUAUGGAUACUGAUCUUAGGGGGCAAAGGGUUUAGAAAUUUAAGAUUUUAGAGCUGCACUCCUACUAUCACAAUUUAACAACUGCAUUACAAAAUGGAGGUUGGGUGCCUGAAACAUUCAGGAGCUUCCACUAUUGGCAGCCAGCUCCUAGAUGGAGACUUCCCCUAUGGCUAGCAAAUCAUGGUACUCAGCCAUGGGGCCCCAUACAGGAAAGGGACACAGGUACCCGUCACACUGAAUAAACAGUGGUAAGAGGGAGGGAAAGGGUGGAGAAAACUUUCUGGAAAAUUAGCUGCCACUCCUCACAGUGCUGCAAGUUCACACUCAAAGCACUCACCAGAACACCUCAAAUGACGAGCACAUGGAAUUCGGACGCAUGCGCAUAAACAAAAAAAAGGCUGACUAUCAGAGAACGCUGAUGCUCGUUGUUGUUGUUAACUCCAUUAAAUUGCAUUUAACUGCUUUUAAAAGGGAGCUCUCUAUUGAAACCCUGGUGGUUCAUUAGAAUUUCUGUUGUUAUUUUACAGUAUUUUGAAACAACAUGCCUUGGUAAAGUCUGUGAAUGGGGAAAUCACCAUUGAGCCUGCAUCACCAGGGGCAAAGACAAAAGUAAAUGGAAUGCCACUCACUGGAGAGCGUGUUCUCAAACAUCAUGACAGAAUCUUGUUUGGUGAGCUCUUCUUUUCCCAUUUUUAUAAAUACAAUUUUCCACAUCAUUAGCUAUACUAUUCACGAAAUGUAAUCACCUGCAGUAUGUCAACUGAAAGAUUACUUAAGUAUUUAAUUUAUGUGCAUGAUUUUUCUGCUUUUAUGUGUACUUUCUAUACUUACACAAAAUUGUUAGUUACUUCUAUACACUCAUUUUGAAUGGUUCUUACUUAUGAUUUAUAGAAGGACAGAUGCAUAGAGGACUUAACCAUUAACAACAUUUUGCUUUUUUAUUAUACUAUUGCAAAUAAAUUCCAUGUUGCUGUGGGUCUGUACAAUAAUAGAUCACAUCAGAUGUCUAAAUGCAAUAAGAACAUCGGUGACACACUCGCCUGCGCCUUAAGUGCCUGGUUUUUGUUCUUAUCACAUUAUGAUAUCAUCUGGGAUCUAUUACUGAACAGACGUAUGGCAGCAUGAAAUCUAUUUGUUAAACCGAUACAUUGCUAAAAAUAUCUAAACAUAAGUUACAGUAUGGCUGUCUACAAGAUUCACUAUAACUUUCAACACUGACAUUGCUCAAUCAGCAGUUAACAUGAGUAACCUGCUUGGUAGAUAAAUUAUCUGUUUACUUGGCAGGUUCGAACCAUAUGUAUUUCCUGGUAAACCCAACCAACCCUGAGAAAAGUGAGGGAACUCCAGACAACGUGGACUGGGAGUUUGCUCAGAAAGAGAUUGCUCAGGCUAAGGGUUUUGCCACUGGGUUUGGAAGUGGACUUUCCAAAGGUAAUUUUUUAAAAUGUUGAGUCCAAUUUAAACUGUGUAAGUGAUAGUAAAUUAAAUAAAGACAAAUUACGUUGUUAGUGUGAUAAGGUGGUUAGAAUGCCACAGUGUGGUUCUUUAUCUGCUGCUUCGCGGUUGAAUUGGAAUCAAACAUUGACCCUUUCACCGCUCAGUAAGUGACUAGCGUCUAAUCUCUUCUUAUACCCCAUUCACACCAGCAAAACAUGUUUUGUUAAACUGGUUUUCAUUGAAUGAAAAUUAUAAACAGAGAACUGAAAAACUUGAUUUUCCAUUGGAUUCAAGUACUUGCUAACUUGUAUUUCCAAUGUGCUACAUUCAAGUCAAAAAUAUUCGGUUAAAUAGUUUCUAUGAAGAAAAAAAAAAUUAAACUGUGUUUAACAAAACAACUUUUAAACAUGUUUAAGCUUUGGUGUGAAUGGGGCAUUAUAAUAUCACCCCUGAAUCGCACAUUAAAAUCACUAGAAUCAAGAAAAUGAGCACCAACCAAAGGAGCUCCUGAUUGUGAAACAAAUUCUCCUUCUCAGCACCUUAGGAAAUGUUUAGAGAACAGUAUGGAGAAUAUGCAUACUGAUGCUUGGGCGUAAAGGGUUAAGAUCAUGACAAGGAAGGAAAGGAGUGCCAAAUCAAGAGGCUUUUAAUUGUUAAUUAAACACAUGACUCAAUCUGGGGGCGAACUCGACUUGGUGGGGUCGAACUUGAAAAGUGUGGGGGCGAACACGGUAUAAGGUAGGGGCGAACUCGAAGGGGUGAACUCGAAGGGGCGAACUCGAUAGGGGGCGAAAGCGGCGGAUACCAUUCUACUUAUGAGUUCUAUAGCAAAUGAAUAAGGAACAUGAGUACUGAUGUUAAGUUGAGUUGUGAGUUAACUGUGAUGAUGCAAUGAUUAGAUCAACAGCGAGCUCAGGAACAAGUGCUAGAAGCGCUUCCCUUGGUCAGUGAGGUGAACGCCAUGAGUGAAGAACUCAACAAGCACAAGUAUGUCUUACUCGGACAAACAUCUCCGAGAAAAUGUCUUAAGUAAAAAAUUCCUCCAUUUUGGAAACUCUCCAGUUAUUUUUUUUAGGAUAAGUUAUUGUUGCAAUGGUUAUUGUGAUCAAUUCUGUGAUUGGUGGAUUUAGCUGAGUGGACUUAGCAUGAUUGGCUGCUUCAACUGUCCGAUCACGCUGUCACAUUACAACUGUACAGUAUGAUUAGUGUAAAUGAAAGUCAUUAAUACACCAAUCACAUUUGAGGAAAUUUUAAUGGUUAUGAUCAACUGUAAAACUGAAGGAUUGACUGACUGAUUGUUCCAUGGGCUCAAAGAGUGGAUGAGCGGUUAACUGUUGAAAACAACUCCCUGUAAAAAGCUGUCGGCCUUCUGAGGGCCAACAGUCGGCUGACAGCCGGCAGUCAGGGCAAACAACUCACUGAGAUAAGGACUGAACGGACAAUUGAUUGUUUGAUUGAUUGAUCGAUUGAUUGAUUGAUUGAUUGAUUGGUUGAUUGGUUACCAGGACAUUUGAAGUUAUCCUGAUAUCAGGUGCAGCUCAGGGAGGUGAUUCAGAAACAAAGUAAGUUCCAUCAUUGCUAGGCUUGUUUGGCAAAACGCACGUUACCUGGUGCCAUGCAAUGCGCCUUAACGUGACUAAAUGGCACGAAACUCACUCCAUAGCUACUUGAAUAAAGAGAAAAUUCUACGGAGGGAAUGAGGAAGUGAACAGUCAUGUGAUUGAUAAUCCAGUGCGGUACACUGGAUUCACAGAUUUUUCAUGGGAAGAAAUACGCGGUGAUUGAUGGGGAGAAGUGGUAUGAGGCUGUGGUAUGAGGCUGGUUAAAGAAGUGUCAUUGGUGAGAUUCGUAUACAAAGACAAAAAUUUGCUCACAUUCCUCAAUCGGUGCUAAUCUUGAUAACUCGAGGAUGAACCGUUAUUUAUUUCAUAAUGCUAAUUGAACUGAGUGAAGCGCAAUUUGGUCUGAAAUCAUACGCAUAAUUUUGAAAUUGAACGAGCGCGCUGUGCAAGUUUGAUUUUAAAUUACAAGUAUGAUUUUUCACGCUAAAAUUGCGCGACGCGAAGUUCCAUUACCAUUUUAUUACAUCUGUUUUGAAAUUGCAGUAUUCAGUCGCUCAAAUACAGGUUUUUUUUUAGUCUAUACAAAUAUAUUAUUGAUCCAGUAUUGAGUUGGUUUAUUAAAAGUCGCGAAAGUUGUCUUUAAUUCCCUUGCCAUUUGAUUGAUUUCUUUAAAAAAAAGCCUUUAGAUCCAAUUGGUUGUUGUGUUUUGGGAAAUCUGUCACUUUGGCUGGGAAAAGAUGCAAUUUAGAGCAUAGAAAGAUUCGAUUUGUAACUAAACCGCACCAGUGAGAGCCACUCAGAUCGCAGUGAUUUGAAAAUGGAUGUGAUAAAAGUAAUAAUCUGUCGGUAAAGAAUCGGUCGAAAGUCCACCAAUGGUCGGCCGACCCCUUGAGUGAGAAGCAUCGGAACAUCGAUCGAGUGUUCUUCGGCCAUUGGCUCACUAUCGGCCGACUACCUUCCGACUAUUGACGGACUAUUGACCUACUACCGAUCGGCUAUCGAGUAACUUUCGUCGGACUUCCAUUCGUGGCUUCCUCCAGUACACCUGAUUCGAUUAGCCUAGACUUAUCAGAAACGCCAACGCAGUAAUUCGUGUGUCUGCGCUUGAACGCUAGAUUUAGCAAGUUAACCCAACAAGUAUCUUAUUUAAAUAUUUUUCUAGAGUCAUGGUGAGAAUGAGGAACUUACUUAAUGGUAAUGUGUGGCUAUGGGAUCGUGGAAAGUUCAUGAACAGGCGGUUCGUGAUGCAGGUAAGAACUAACUAUGGCUUAACACGUAUGUACGCAUAUUCUCCAUACGGUUUUCUGUACAUUCCUGAAGGCGAUGAAAAGGAGAAUUUGUUUAACAAUCAAGAGCUUUUUUAGUUGGUGAUCAUUUCCUUUAUUCUCAUGACCUAAAUGUUUGAUUCAGAAGUGAUAUUGUUAAGAGAAAUUAGAUACUUGUCACUCUUUGGGGUUAAUGGGUAUAUACAUAAAGAACGGACAAAGGGAAUUUGAGUUCUUGGGAGUUUUCUAACGCCACUCAGUUGUGAUUUUGAGAACGAAAUCUCUACCUCCUUUACUCUAACAGACAUGUCGUUAAAUUAGCGAUUUAAGCAGUUUAGUAGGAUGUUGUGCGACCUGCAUAUAACUUGGAUUUUAUUAGCAACGUCGCAACCUUUUCCUAAAUCUCUCUUCGACCGUUUUCCUUGUGUAAGGGCAUUUCUGUUGUACUCUAUUCAAAUAUGACUUAAAUGAUCGUUUCCCCUUGUUUAUUUAGGAACACUAUCAACGAUCUAUUGAUGGGGAAGAUAUGAGUAAAAUCCCGAAAGAGGAAGAUCCUUUCUGGGAACCUCCUGAAGAUGUGCGGAUUGGAACGGCAAGCGUGUUCCUACAGAGUCUCAGCUAUGAGUUGGACUUCGACGAUAAGCUCUCUAUCACAGAUUACAAGGUUUGUACGUAAAUAAUGAUGUUGAACAAUUGUUACAAGCGUUAGACAAGGAAAACCAUCAGUCCCUUAGGAGAUUUCGAACCUCAGGAAACACAGCAGUCAACGGUGUGGUAUACACUAAGCGCAUGUAUUUACAUGUACCACCAAACUUUUUUUUUUUUUUUUUUUUUGUGCCAAAGUCAUUGAAUCGUAGCACGUGUUUUCCAUUAUUGAAUACACAUUUUGUCUUUCUUUCCCCUUUCUGUCUGCAGGGCGAAGAAGUGGCGACCACUGUCAUCAACGUGUCUCCUUGUGAUCCUAAUGGCAAACCUUUAAAGGAAGACGUUUUUGUUGAAGAUCCCUCUGAGCUUCUUGGAAAACCAUAUCACUUCAAGGUAUGAGGCAGCGGUGGGAAUUUUUUUACCUUCAACCAGAGUAGCUCGGGCUUAUUACACACAGUCUUUCAGCGUGUUUUAGCGCUGAUCUUGUGGCCUUAGAUUUCAACAAAAUUUCACAAUGGUGGAUUAUUAAAUUUGCUCACAGGAGUCACUAGCGUCCGAAUUCUCUUUACAAUUUCGAUACACCUCAAGCAGCCAUGCAACAUAAAGUGAGAAAAUUGGCCAUUUGAGGGAUAUUUGUCCCUUUAUAACGCCAAAUUCUCAGUACCAACCGAUACAAAAAGUGUACGGUCAUCUUUUAAAAUAUAUAACUUGAAGGAAGAGGAGUUUAAAAAUUUAGAGGAACUGAACAGGAACAAGAAAGAAAAAAGAGGAGAAUAAAAACUUGAAUCAAAAAAAAUUUUAUAAAAGUUCUUCACCUCAGUUUGUCUCCUAAAGAAUUGCCUUGAAGGUAUUUAUUGCCACCAUUGCUUUGACUGUCAAUUUAUUAAAAAUGUACUCGCUCUGCAAUUUUUUUGUUGGUUUCGUUCUUACAUUUUGAUAUUGGUUAUGUUUUUAUGUCUGGACAACGUGACAGAACUGAUUCUUACGGUAACUUUAGGCGAUCCUUUUUUCUCGCCAUGCAAUAAUCGCGUUUGUUGUUAUGCAGGUCUCCAUUCGUAAUGUUAGCGUGCACGACAGCAGAUUUAACAAGGGGCUUUACCUCAGGUACAAACCGUUUAAAGAAACAGAAUAUACCGUGACUAAAACAGUGAGAGACACGCUAUCACCCGAGUUUGAUGAAAAGGAUUCGAAAGUGUUCAGUUUUGACUCGGUGAAACAAGACCUGUUGGACUGGUUUGACACAGGCUGCAUCACCUUUGAACUCUUUGGUCGCCAGGAGGACAGUGAUCCUGAUUCCACUCGAACGAGAAUGACAACAAAGGUAAUUAAAGUUUGGGACUUUUGUGACCAGUUUUAAAAUUAUCUCGGCUUCCGUGGUAUGAAGCGACCGGCAGUUUUUCUGCUCCACCUGAAUGGUUUUUAAUGCCAUCGGAGGUUACCCCUUAGUAUUUUCGUCAAGUCUUCUUGACUAGCUCGCAAGCAGGCCUUCAUCUUCAGCGUUACAGGACGCGAGUUUCGCCGUCCGCGGGAAAAUUUGAGACAAGUCAGGGAGAGGUUUGGCGGGGAUCUGGCGCUCAUUGUCAGUUCCAGGCCACUUGUAGAGCUCUCGUCGGUUCGCGUUGCUCAAAGCCUCCUACUUUCUUGCGGACGAAGAAACGCUUGGACCGAAGUGCAAAUAUUGAGGACCUGCUCGCAAGGUACCUCUUGACCCUUUAACUCCCAAGAUUUCAUUAUUAAUUCUCUUUACUGUCUGCCAUACAACUCAUGGGAUGUUAGUUUGGAGAAUUUGGAAUUGGGUCAAUCAAUAAUCCCUUAAUUGAUAUUUUUCUUUAUUCUCAUUACUUGUCAGCUUGAUAUCGUAUUGAUAGUGUAAGGAGAAAUUCGGUCCAGGUCACUAGUGGGACUUAAAGGGUUAACAGUUCGCCGGGAUUCCUGGUUAGAGAGACAAUUUGAGAGUGAAGCAUGCAAACAUUCAUAAGAUGGACAAAAAAGUUUCAAGAAGUUACAAGAGGGAUAUAUAUUUUUUAUUUUUUGAUAGGAAUUGCGCCAAAUGGAAAUGCAAAUGGCGAGGCCAGGUAUGGGAGGUCGUUCCACCACCAUGAUUGGAAAUGACAUCGCUCCCGCUCAGCUAAAAGCAGAGCAUAUUCUGCUCAAGAGGAAAAACCAACUACUGCUCAAGAAAGAAAAGCGCAUUCAGGUAAAUGAAGUGUGGUAAUACCCGUACGUGUGCGAGGAUUCAGCUUGGAGAAUACUAAGGGAAGAUUAUUAUUUAUCACCUGCGGAGGGGGAAGGGGGGAGGGGGGUGGCAGUUUGAUGAAUUUGGUCGUGUCACAACAAAAUUUUUCCUGAUCCCCCUAAGGCUCUUUAGUACUCUAAUAAUUGAUCCCCUCUACGUUCCGCUUGAAAUCCAUUUGAUCCCCAAAAAUCCUACGCCCCCUCCCCCCCCUCCCUCUUUACAGGCGAAAAACUAACGGCUGGUUCUUAAGCUACAACGUAAUGCAACAUGAAAAAAAAAGCCUUUCAAAACGAAAAUUACCAGCGGCAAGCGUGAAAGUGUAUUUUACUUACGCCGAGCACGUGUUAAACUCGUUUUGAGCGUGUUUCCGAUGCGUACUGAACAUAUGUGUGACCGCCGUUGGGCGCAUGUGGAGCCCUGUAUCAACGUGUAUCGAGCGGUUGCUGAGCUAGUGUCAAACCCGCGUUCGGUGCGCAAGACAGAUAAAUGAUUUUCAGUGUACAGUUCAAUAAAUUACUCACUUGCUUAAUUAAUGACAGGAUCUGUGUUCCGAAUGGGCCAAUAAACCGAAGGAAGAACAGACAUUUGAAGGUUUUCAUCGCGCGGUGUCCGCGGCAGCUGCUCACCAGUACGGCCGCACUAAGUACAAAGUCAACACGCUGAUGGUGGUAAGUGAAUUAGAUGACGCCUGGAAGUAA